CAUUUUAUCCUCUCAAACAAACCGUGGUCUCCUCAGAGAGGUUGCAGAGACCAUACUUUCUAUCUAGUGUUCCUUCCUCUUGGGUGUUGCAUGGAGACGUGAGCUUCUUCAUCCUCUCUUUAUAUCCCUAAAAAAAAAAGACGAAAGAGAAAACGUUUUUUACUCUUUAUGUAUAUAUCGAUGGCACUUUCUCUCCUAUCCCCAAUUCAAUCCUCUACCUCUCUUUCUUCCUUCACUCUUACCGCCUUCCCCGCUCCUAAAAAUGCCUCCUUUCUCUCUUCUAUUUACUCCUUAUAUCACCCCAAAGGAGCCCUCGGAAGCAGCAGAACCGGGAGCUCGUUUUUCGGCGGUUUCAGAGGCUCGAGGAGGAUUGAGUCCACGGCGGCGGAUAAGAAGAGGCAAAUGGUUUCUAGAAACGGAGAAAUCGAGAGAAUCGGAGGUCAAGACGAGGAAUUGAUACAAGGACAUGAUGACCAUUCACCUUCUUCCCCUGAUAGAUGGGAUGUCUUGGGUCUCGGCCAAGCCAUGGUAGAUUUCUCUGGAGUUGUGGACGAUGACUUCCUAAAGAAACUAGGCUUACAAAAGGGAACGAGGAAGCUUAUAAAUCACGAGGAGAGGGGUAGAGUCUUACAAGCAAUGGAUGGCUGCACCUAUAAGGCUGCGGCUGGAGGGUCAUUGUCCAACACUCUUGUUGCUUUGGCUAGACUAGGUUGUCGUUCCAUCAGUGACCGCCCUUUAAAUGUCGCUAUGGCAGGCAGUAUUGCUGGUGACCCUCUCGGUAGUUUUUACAGGACUAAACUACGACAAGCAAAUGUAAAUUUUCUAUCUGCUCCAAUCAUGGAUGGAACAACUGGAACAGUAAUAGUUCUCACCACUCCUGACGCACAACGUACUAUGCUUGCCUAUCAGGGGACAUCUUCAGUCGUUAAUUAUGAUUCUUGCUUGGCUAGUUUGAUAUCCAAGACAAAUGUCGUUGUUGUGGAAGGCUAUCUGUUUGAGCUUCCUGAUACUAUUAGAACCAUAACAAAAGCCUGCGAAGAAGCCCACAGAAACGGAGCACUUGUUGCUGUGACUGCAUCAGAUGUGUCUUGCAUAGAGAGGCAUUACGAUGACUUCUGGGACAUUGUGGGCAACUAUGCAGAUAUUAUAUUUGCAAACAGCGAUGAAGCAAGAGCUUUCUGUCACUUCUCCGCAGACGAGAGCCCAAUCUCAGCGACAAGGUACUUGAGCCACUUUGUCCCAUUUGUUUCAGUGACCGACGGAAUCAACGGGUCAUACAUUGGAGUUAAAGGAGAGGCCAUAUACAUUCCUCCGUCCCCGUGCGUUCCGGUUGACACGUGCGGCGCUGGAGAUGCUUACGCUUCGGGGAUCUUAUACGGUAUCUUGAGAGGUGUCACUGACUUGAAAGGAAUGGGAGACUUGGCAGCUACGAUUGCAGCCACUGUGGUUGGUCAACAAGGAACCAGGCUUAGGGUUCAAGACGCUGUUAGGCUGGCUCGCUCACAUGAGUUCCUUCUCAAAAGUUCUGGUGUUCGAACUGAUGUUGGGUCUUGAUCCAAAUCAUCUCUCUAGCUUUUCAAUGAUUCUUUUGUUUCUAUGUGGCAGUGGUGGUGCUUUUGCAAAAUGACUUGUAAUCAUCUCUUCUUCAUUCAGUGGAAACAUUUUGGAAUAUUUGUUGUAUGUAACAUUUUUUGUAUAUAGGCCUCUUUUCAUUCA